AUUUGCUGAAUUAAUACCGUCAGUGAUAUAUAUGCGCAGCCAUCUCGUCCAUCUUGCAUCAGCAAAAACAGCCAUUCGACACUACGGCUCACCGAUAAAGCUCUCCAUCAUGUUGAUCCUAGGCGAUCGAGAGAUCGUGUCCAUAUUAGCAGGCCUCCAAAGUUCAAGUUGUCAUCAGCUUCUCGAGUCACUUUCCAAGGCUCUGUUGGAAUACUCGGCCUCUCGAAAUGCGACGGAGAAGGUAAUACAUCAGCCGCCCCGGGAAGUGGUCACUACCGCUCCAGGUCACACGACACUGUUCAUGCCGGCAUCCAAUACGGCUACUACUGGAAUCAAGAUCGUCACUUUACCCGGGAAUGGAGAGGGCCCUCGAGGUUCCAUCAACAUCUACACACCUGAAGGCAGUCUCAUUGGCCUGCUGAACGCAGAGGAGAUCACGGCGUUCAGGACAGGCCUCGCGUCCAUGAUCGCCUUUCUGAAAUGCCCGUUUCCUAAAUCACGAAUCGUUGUUUUUGGUGCGGGAAAGCAGGCUGAGUGGCACGUCAGAUUGGCUUUGCUAUUGGCAGGAGACUCAGUUCAGAGCAUAACGGUGAUCAACCGACGAUCAAGUGGCGUGGAGAGGUUACGCAAAAGGUGGGGAAACACUGAGCACAAGUAUCCCAAAGUGGAAAUACGUUUCAUCGCAAAGGAUGAGGCGUCAGAUUACGACUCGGAGCUCAAAGGUGCGCUUGCAGCUAGCGAUGCCAUUAUGGGCUGUACCCCAUCAACCGAGCCCUUGUUCCCUGCAUCGUAUCUUUCACCGGGAGACGGUCAGCGCAAGCAAAGAUUCAUAUCGCUUAUCGGCUCGUACAAGCCCCAUAUGCAAGAGGUCGAUGCCGAGACGUUGUUGUCUGGGACAAAAAUUUACGUCGAUUCGAAGGAGGCUUGCUUAGAGGAGGCCGGUGAGAUCAUUAAGGCGAAUGUAGCCGAAAGCCAGCUUGUGGAACUUGGGGAGAUGCUGGCGCAGCCCAAUAUUGGGCCGUUGGAGGGUAAUAUGGUUUAUAAGUGCGUUGGAAUGGGGAUCAUGGAUGUGAUCGUUGCCUCCGAACUGUUGAAGAUAGCGAAGAACAUGAACAUUGGUCGGAUAUUAGAGGACUUCUAGACCGGAAGGAGCGGUUUGAAUUACCUUGCUUCAAAUACCCCGUCCUCUGAUUCACUAAGAUCAAUUAUUGACUGACAUCAAGCCUCUAUUUAUGCCCUGACGGACAUCUUUCUGAAUUCGGCUAGCCGAAACUUGGUCUGCAGUAUUGACCGUAUAAGUCUCGCGUGGAUCCAGCUAUUGCGAGUAUACGAGACCAGAUUUAUAUGAAGGCCAAAAAAGGAUGUUUUUUUUCUUCUUUAUGAU